CGUGAUUGGCCCGGUUCUAAACUUAAAACGCGAGGGGGGUGCAUUUGUUGUUCAUAUUUUUAUUGUCGUUCGUUCGUCGGUCGGCGUUCGUGCACUUUCGCUUUGAAUGUAUGUAAUUUGUUUUGUUUGGUUUACGCCGGCGGGCGCGUGAAUCUCGAUAGUAAAUUACGCGGCGUUAUUUAUAUUUUCGUUCGCCUGCUGCGCGCAUAGCUUUACCGUUCGUAACCGCGAAGAGAUACUUUACAUGUGGAAUACGUUCGGUGUAUUUAUUUUUUCUGGAGUCUGUGAGGCUAGUGUUCAUUUGUCGGUGAUGGUGGUCGGUUAGUGCUCCUACGAUGUCGGAAGCGACGACGCCGACGGGCGAGGCGCCGUUGCUGGAGCUGGACGACCGGGACGCGGAGCCCCGGACGCCGAUGAAGCGGCUCGGCUCUACGAGAAAGCUGGCAGCAUUUAACAAUAUUCGCGUACAACUGACCGAGCAGACGCGAAUACUAGAAGCACGUGCCGAAGCGGCGGCGGGCGUCGCAGCAGAACUACACGACUACUGCCGGAGACGGGCUGAACUAGAAGCAGAAUAUUCUCGAGCACUUGACAAGCUAGUCCGCGCCGCGCAUCAGAAGCAUAAGGAACAAAAACACAAACGCGAGCAAUGGUCGCUAACCGGCGCCUACGCGUGCUGGCAAGCUGCGCUGGACAGUACGCGCUCGCUGUCCAAAGACCAUGCGGCGUUGGCCGCGUUAUACGGAGGGCAGCUGGCUUCAAGGUUACAGAGGGCGGCUGACGACGCAUUGAGGUUACAUAGGAAAUGCCGGGACAUAGUACUGGAGCGCCAUGAAGAAGUAGGCGCAGCCUUAGCUGACGCGGCAGCCGCGGGGAAGGCGCAAGCGGCAGCGGCCGCAGAAUGGCGCGCCGCGGCAGCCAAGCUGAGACACGCCCAUGACCAGAAGACUCGGUUGGCUGCCGCUGACCCUCCUAGGGUUAAGAAGCUGAAGGCUUUGGAUAAGGAGUUAGAGAAGCGACGCGGCCGGCACAGCGAGGCGCGCGCUAAGGCCCUGCGCGCACGAGCGGACUACGUAUUGAGCCUGGAAGCCGCGAACGCGACUCUGCAGCGGUACUACCUUGACGACAUCCCAGAUAUCAUGCUUUGCAUGGAAGUCGGUUUCGAAGCCGUAGUCGGCCGCUGCGUGCGCACCGCCGCCGAGGCCGAGGCCGCCCGAGCAGCGGCCUUGUGCGCGGCCGCCGGCGCGCUGCGGGGUGCGGCCUCGGCUUUGGACUCUUUGAAGGACCGACAAAAAACGCUGGACGCUCACGCGCCGACCUUUGCGUUGCCACGGCCUCUGCCUUAUCAAGGGACACCUCCUGAAGAGCAAGACCAAGAAAUGCGUGAGCUAGUUAACGGGGCAGCAGAGGAACAAGACGCAGCAGCGGCGGCGGUGGCAGCAGAGCUCGCGCAACGGUUGCAGCAACUCGAGAGCGGUGCGAGGGCUCUUAGGGCUGAAUGUAGAGAGAGCGCCAAGACUCUUGACGCAGCUGAGGCGGAGCUUGUCAAACAGAUGGAAGGCAGCGCGGCGCAGUGGGAGACGGCGCGUCUGUUCGGGGCGGACGCGCCCGCGCCGCCGCCGCCCGACGACCAGGAGGGGCCGAGGAAGGAGCAGGAGGACUACUAUCUCGCGAAGUUCCGGUCGUACGUGUCUAGCGCGGGGCGGCUGGCGCGGCUGGAGAGCAAGGCGGCCUGCGCGCGCGCGCGCCUCGUGCGCCUCGCGCCCGCGCCCGCGCCCGCCUCCCCUCCCUCGCCCCCGCGCCGCGCCGCGGCCAGGCUGCGCCGGGGACAGUUCGCCGCGCCGCUCGACGAUCACCUGGCGGCCGCGAGGGCGGACCUACCGAGGGUGCUGACGUCGUGUGUGCGUGUUAUAUCUAGCUACGGUCUGCGACACCAAGGAAUAUUCCGCGUGUCGGGAUCUCAAGUAGAAAUGCAAGCUUUACGCGCUGCCUUCGAGAGGGGCGAGGACCCCCUGGCACAUGUGAGAGAUGCCUCCGAUAUCAACUCUGUGUGUGGCCUCCUAAAGCUAUACCUCCGUGAGCUCCGUCCACCGCUUCUACCGCCACAACUACAAGAACGCUUACUCCGUUUAGCCGCUUUACCGAGCGAUGCGGAUUUCGUACGGCGCAUGAGAGAACUGUUAGCGACGUUGCCAGCUUCAUCCGUGCUUGUGUUGCGGUAUCUGCUGGCGUUCUUGGCACAUUUAACAGAGUACAGCGAGUACAAUAUGAUGGACGCGUGGAACCUCGCCAUCUGCGUGGGUCCCACGCUACUCGCGGCGUGGGGCGAGGGCGGGGCUCAGCUAGCGGCGCAGAAUCUCGUCAACGAGCUAGUCAAGCGGACUAUUAUACACCACGCCGCCAUCUUUCCUCAGGACAUCGCGCCGCAUGCGCUGUAUAAGCGACCGAGUGAAGAGAACGAGACGGUAGCAGAGGAAGGCGAGAGCGCGGCCGGCUCGGACGAUGUCGACGCGGCGGAGGAGCCCGACGUCAACGACGACCUGUCGUUGUACGACGACGACGAGGAUAACGACGACGAUGAAAUAAGCGACGACGGUGAGAACGGAGAAUGGAGAGAACGGGACAGGGACUCAAUAGAAAGGAGGUCGGAGAGUCUGCCGCGGCGUCAGUCCGUGCCCGCUCCACAGGUCCUCGAGCCGUCCCCCGCCGCCCCCGCCCCCUCCACCUCUGCACAAUGCCGGAGGUUAGCGGAGGCCACGCCGGACCUAGUGCUGGACUUACCGGCACGGGCGCCGACUGAGGCCAGCGCGCCGCCCGCCGACGCCGCCGAAACGUUCGCCAGCAACCGCGACACGCUCAAGAAGCGGCCAUCGCACAAACCAUCAUCAUCAGACAGCAGCACAAUCGCCCCCGACGACCCCCCCGACACCACAGACAAGCCUGACGAGGCCGAAACCUCAGCAUCGGCCUCGGUGGCCCCUGACAGCCCAGUCCCCGCACGCAACACCGCCCGCGUUGCCGCCAAAUUCGCCGAUUUGACGCUGACCGGUGGCUCGCUCAAGCCGGCUUUAGCCGCUAAACCGGCCUUGCUCAGGAGGCCUACGCCGCAUCCGCAACAUGCGAGGCCGCAACCGCCGCCGGACGAGACCACUUAGGGUACACUUAGACGCCUAGGACACGAAACGCACGCUCGGCGCUGACGUUGACCCCUAAAAA